GUAUGCACACUAUGUGAUUUUCUGACAAAAGAUGUUCAAUUAACCACACUUCAUUUUAUGUGACUCAACUGCCUUUUAAGAAGUUUAAUUAAUUUAUUUAUUAUUAUUAUUAUUAUAUUUUGUAUACUUUGGUUGGUCAAGUUAAGUGUGAAAAAUGUUCCCUUAUUUGAUGCGUAAUUAUUUGUUUGUUAUUGGAUUGCAGGAAUUUCUUUUAGAGUAUCAUCAAAGAAACUAAGGGUGUUGCCACUUGCUACUAAUUACUUUUGAAAUUCUAUGGAUCAGCCUAUUUCCUCUGACUCUCAAUCAGGUGAUUCAAAUUCUUCAUACAAGGCAGAAAAGCUUACAAAUGUUAUGAGUUCUCUUUCUAUGCAAUCAUAUAAUGUGGACUAUCAAGGCCACUUUUAUCAAUGUUUUGGUCAACCCCUGGGCCGGAUUAUGCUACCAUUGAAUUUGACCUCUGAUGAAACCCCAAUAUUUGUCAAUGCCAAGCAGUAUCAUGGGAUACUUAGACGUAGAAAGUUACGUGCAAAGGAAAUGGAGAAUAAAUUGCUUAAACCGCGCAAGCCAUUCUUGCACCUGUCGCGCCAUCUCCAUGCCAUGCGCCGACCAAGGGGAGGUGGGGGGCGCUUCUUGAACACGAGGAAGGCGAAUGGAAGUAUGAACAAUGAUGCAAACGGUACAACCAAGACUAGCAACAUGAAAUGUCAUCCCACUGGAUCACAGAUCUCUGAUAUAAGCAGCUUUAACUCACCAAAGGAAACAACUAACAGAAUGUCAUGCAAUUCAUCAGAAGUCACUAGCUUGUACUCCAGGGGAAGUAGUUUUGGUACAUUUCCAACUCACAAUUCGCCCUCUGUUGACGCGUUUAUUGAUAUGAUGAAUACUGGCCAUGACGAUAUUCUCAUGGCCAGUAAGUGGGGUUCUGCAGCAGCAGCAUCUAGCUGCUGCAAUCUCAAAAUUUGAUGAUGUUUUGUCCAUGCUACAACCAAAUUGGAGGUCUCUGGACGCUGUCCCUGCCCCGAUUUGGUUGCUAGAAUAGGCAGAUCUUCCUUGGCUACCCGACAGGCAUUUCAUCCUUGGCUUAUCUGCACUAAGGUUGCCUCCGUAUCUCAUUCUAUUAGCUAUCCAGCUAGCUACAUGGAUGUUCCGAAGCGCUAAUACCUUAAUGCACUUGUAUUAUAGCAAUAUCAGUUCAUGAACGUCCAAAUUAUCAGGUUUGUGAUGUUGUGUAUAUGUUGGAUUGUAAGAGUUGACUUGAAGUAUGAUUGGAGUAGUACUAUGAUGGAAGUGAAGUGUUUAUGAUUUAGUAUAUAUUGGACAUAAGUUUGUAACAUAUGUGCAAUGUAAUUGUAAUUCACUACUUCUAUAUCAUUUCAUGCACUUUCAAAAACAUUCUAUGUCUAA